UAUUGACGUUUCAUAUAAAAAGUUUCGGGAGACUGAGGUCCUUUUUUCCGUGCAUUUUGGGCUGAUUGUGGGGCAUUUAGCCACUUGAUAUUGAAGCGAGGAGUACCGGGAGAUAGUUGAGGAUGAAUAUAUUCAGAUUAGCUGGUGAUUUGUCACAUUUGCUGGCGAUAAUAGUGCUAUUGCUAAAGAUAUGGAAAACACGCUCGUGCGCUGGCAUUUCCGGAAAGUCCCAAAUCCUGUUCACCGUCGUCUACGUGGCGCGGUAUUUAGAUCUCUUCACCACAUACAUCAGCUUGUACAACACUGUGAUGAAGAUCUUCUUCCUGGCGGCCUCCGGGAUGACGGUGUACUUAAUGUACGUGAAGUUUCGCGCCACGUACGACCACAACCACGAUUCCUUCCGGAUUGAGUUCCUCCUCAUCCCAGCCGCCAUCCUUUCGCUCCUCAUCAAUCACAGCUUCACCGUGCUGGAGAUCCUCUGGACCUUCUCCAUCUACCUCGAGUCCGUGGCUAUACUGCCGCAACUUUUCCUCGUGAGCAAGACGGGCGAGGCGGAGACCAUCACGAGUCACUACCUUUUCGCCCUCGGCUCCUACCGGGCGCUCUAUCUCAUCAAUUGGGUCUACCGCUACGCCACCGAGGGGCACUACGAUUGGAUUGCAAUUAUUGCUGGUGCCGUACAGACCAUUCUCUACUGCGAUUUCUUCUACUUGUACAUUACCAAAGUCCUAAAAGGCAAGAAACUCCAACUUCCUGCAUAGGUACGUGAUCAUUAAAUCACCACCGAAGGAAUAUUUUGAUGCAGUGCAUAGAAUUCCUCAAAAGCAGCGCAAAUAAUUUAAUCGUAUUACAAAAAAAAAAAAAGAAAAAUUUCUAUUUGCCAGCAUUAAAUUUACUUUUCAUUGUGGAAAUAAUUAUGAUAAAAGAAUGAGAAGGAGUCGUAUUUAAGGAGUUACAUCAUGGUAAAAAAAACAUAAUUAAUUAAUUUUGAGAAAGUAUAGUGGACCGUACUAAUAAAUUAGUGGACACACACCGACGUGAGAGGCAAAAAAAAAGAAUAAAGUGAGGGAGGGAUUGUAUCUCCGCGAGACUUUUUUUCUUUUUCCUCAUUUCCUAAAGACAAUCUUCUUGAUGGUGAAAUGGGUACUCUUUGGGGCAUCGCGGCGCUUUGGUGCUGCAGGAAGCUUUGCUGGGGACUUCCUCUCGCCACCGGGGAGAUUGUCUGUGGAUGUUGUCUCUGCAUUAGAAACUAAAUAUACAGCUACAGGACUA